CGUACAAAAAAAAAAGCAAACGUCGAAAUAGAACUAAAGAAAAACCAAAGAUAGAAAAUUAUAUAUUGUUUUUUUUUCCAAUUAAAAGAAAGUGCUACAGAACUUGAUAUAAAAGUUAUCCGUUAAAUGUCUAGUAAAACAGAUUUAGGAUACCAGUCAACUGUCGAUACUGGAGAAACUGCAAAUCCUGAUCAAUCUUCCGAAUCGUUAAGUCAUUUAGAAACAGGCUCACCAAAAUCGCAUUUAGUAGAAGCCGGUAAUUCAGCAAUGAUAUCAAGUCCUGUUGACGGUGUGAAUUUCGUAGAACCACCAUCAUAUGAGCAAAAGGAGAAAAGAAAAGAUUCCUACAUCCACAGGAAAAUGUCUGCCUUUAGAGCAUCAUUGAUUGAAGGUGAGCUGAUGUACAGGGGAUGUAUUACUAAAAGGACCUGUACCGAUGUUCUCUGUUGCUUUGGUUUCGCCUUCUUUCUCAUUGGUUACUUUAUCGUGUCUAUUUAUGCAUUCAGCGCUGGUAACCCAUUGCUUCUUGUUCAUCCCAUUGACUCUAAAGGAAAUAUCUGUGGCGUAGGCAAGUACAAAGAUAAGCCAAAUCUUUUUAUGUUUGAUCUUUUGGAAUGUGCGAAGUACGGACCUGCGGUAUUUUACUUAGGCUGCCCAACGCCACAGGUUUGUAUUGCUGACUGCCCCGAUUACUACUAUGUAUAUCUGCAAGAUGUGGCCACACAGAACAAAACAAAACUUAUAUGUCAAGAUGGCGUUGAUGUCAAGUCGAAGAAAGUUGAGAACCUUGUUGCUAACAAAGACUGUGCGGCCUACACUGUUAAGACCAAGCCAGUUUUGAACAGAUGUCUACCCUCUCCCGUGACUUUCGAUGACAGUGGAAAAAUACUUGUAAAAAACAAUUCUACAAUUACGCUUGUGGGCUCCGACAAAACGACUAUUGACGGGAAAAUCUUAAACAACGCUUUCAAAUUGUACGAUAUUUACAUUGAAGUUCGCAAAUACAGAGUAGAACUAACGAAAGAUGUCGAAAAUUCGCAGACCUUUAUUUGUGUGUUUCUUAUACUGGCCAUGCUUUUGUCUUUCGCCUGGAUAGUUGCUAUGAGGUUUAUUGCUGUUUAUAUGGUCUGGCUAUCUAUAGCAGUCAUUUUAGCACUUUCUGGUAUAUUCACGUUCGUGUUUUGGAAGAAUUACUUUCAUUACAAGGGAAGUGACGAAGUGACUUACCUUCCUUGGAUCGACUCGGCUAAAGAGAUCAAGACAGAAAUUGUAUUCCUUUUAGGAGGUCUACUCUUCGGAGUUAUCUUGUGCGUACUAAAUGUUGCCGUGCUCUGCUUGUGCCGCACUAUUACACUGUCUGUCAGCAUGAUUGAAUGUGCCAGCAAGGUUGUUACCAAAAUGUGGUUGACCUUAUUGUGGCCUGUGGUACCAUUUCUGUUACACAUUGCUAACAUUGCCUACGCGGCCUCCGCUACGGCAUAUAUGGCGUCAGUGGAACGAAGAGACAAGAUGGACUUAAACUCGUCCAAUAUUGUUGUAGAUUUCAAAGAAUCUUUGGCAGAUAAAAUGAACUGUAAAGAUAUUGAUGUAUCAGAAGCAAAUAAAAUAGGUUGUGACCUGUCAUCCACAGCAGGCAAUUUGAAAGUGAUUAUGUUGUUUAUAUUCUUCAUGUAUUUAUGGCUGAAGAAUUUCGUGUGUGGCUUGAAUCAGUUGACACUGGCUGGAGUGUUCGCUUCCUAUUACUGGACACUAGACAAGACCACAUUACCCAAGUAUACACUUCUGAAGUCAUUUUACCGAUGCUUCAGAUACCACUGUGGGUCUUUAGCCUUUGGAUCAUUCCUUAUUACUUUUGUUCAGUUUAUUACGGCUCUGUUAAACUUAGUGAAGUCGAAUAUUGAGAACAGCACAAAUCAAUUAGCAAAGUUUCUAAUAAGAUGCUUGCUGUGUUGUUUUAAACUGCACGACAUGUUCUUACAAUUCAUCAACAAAAGAGCUUACAUAAUGAUGGCCAUCGAAGGUAAAAACUUCUGUUUAUCUGCAAAAAGAGCCUUAUCAAUAAUGUUAAAUAACUUUGUGAAGUCAUUGGUCUUAGCCAAAGUCACGGAUUUUCUGUUAAUCAUCAGCAAACUCAUCAUCACUUCCAUGAUAGGUGUAUUAGCGUACUUUUACAUCCAAAAGAAAAUUCCACUGACUAUUGUUACUGUUCCAGAAUUAAAUUUUUAUUUCAUACCUCUCUUUGUUAUCCUUAUUGGAACUUAUUCCAUCACCGGUGUUUUCUUUGAUGUCUACGGCACAGCAGUGGAUACUAUAUUCUUGUGUUUCUUGGAUGACAUUGAGAAGAAUGAUGGGUCCAAUGCGAGACCACACUUUAUGGACGAACACUUAGAAAGUAUCUUUAAAGGGAAGAGUUUUCAACGACGGCUCACAGUAAAUUAUGAGAAAACCGAAAACUUUAAAGACAGUGAUACACGCAAAAAAAGCCUUGCGUCGUCAGCUAGUGUGUGACAGACAAGAAAAACUUCAAAGCUUAUUUGACGUGUAUCCAGUAAUGUGUUGUGUGUUCGAGCCUGGCUCUCCUACCAUUAAGAAUAUUAAGAAAAGUUCUGAUAACAUUACCUUGACCUACAUCAUAACUUUGUUGCUAAUUUUUGUUUACGUAUUAGUUUUCUAAUCUAUGUCUUAUAUUUAGUUGUUAAGUAGUACGUCAACUCGUUAGAGACAAUACUAGAUGUUGGCCGCCAUUAAGUUUCAGUAUGUACUGUUCAAUCAUGUGGAGAUGAGGACACAAGUCUCGUGUUGUACUCACAGUCCUAAGCAUUUACUUGUGACUUCUUUACCCGUCCUCACCCCUUUGUAGGAAACUCUUUCUAAAGACAUUUCUCUAGAGCGAGCACCUAAACAAAUUAUUGACAAUAGUGAUGUUGGCUUUCUCUUGCUUCUUGUUCUAGAGUUAUCUAUGUUGGCUCAUUCGCACAGUUCAAAUUUUGAGGAUUGUGUUGCAAGUCUUCCUUGUCCUCUAUUCACCUUAAAAGAAAAACAAUUCUUAGUGCAUGCUAAUUGGUCUCUCUGACUUUCUCCUCUUUGUUAAGAUCUGUUGAGUCACCUGUCGACCGUCUUUCUUCAUUUCUCUCGGCAUUUUGACAGGAUGGAGUCUCGUCCAAGGACAGGCCCGUCCAUUGUCCUCCCAUCACUUCCUUUGUCUGCCCUCCUUCUUUUUCUCUGUUUCUGUUCCCUGCAGGAAAGUCUUCGUGAGCCCUGAGGAUUUCAUUUUAUGGCCGUACAGUCUUAACUUGGGUUUUUUUAACAGUGGUCAGAAAGUC